CAUUCUUGUCCAUUGGCAUGAUUACUAAUGUACGCGAAAAUCUACACCAAAUUUGGGAAUGAUUUUUAUCGAUAAGCACUAAAUUUAGGACCCGGAGGUAUACGUGCCCAAAAGAGCGGACAACUUUAUAGACCAUGGAAGCUUGGAAUCGCCUUUUGACAUCUGCUCGGGUCGAACCUGCAGACCUUUUUCGUCAGAUACUGACAGAGGUCUUGGACGACCUCAUGGACCAGGUUUCGGGACCAUCAAGGACUGAAAAAGUCAAGCAUUCUUUGCGAAACAUCUCCCGGAUGUACAAAGGAGGACUUUCGAGGGCCUCUAGUCAGUAUCGACCCGACUGGAGUGACUCAGCCAACCGCUGCGCCUACGUGUUCCUGUACCUGAUGCAGCAUUGCCAUCUCGUUUACUCCUCACUUCAACGCGAAUCAAAUGACAUCAUAGCUGCAUGGCGCAACAUGAGCAACAUGAAAGUGUGCAGCAUCGGAGGCGGGCCUGGAUCUGACCUGGUGGGCGUGACAACCUUCCUCCGUGAGUAUGGAAUAUUUCCUCCUUCGCUGGAGUGUCUGGUCUUGGAUUUGUAUCCCAACUGGAAAGACACGUGGGACACAAUACACCAAUGCAUUCCAGAGCAUUUUAGGGUAAAAUACGAAAGGUGCGAUGUUGUCACAGAUGUAGGUCUCGCAAGCAAUGCCCAUCAAUUCAUCCAACAGGCUGACUUGAUCACCUUGGUAAAAUUCUUCUCAGCAGUAUCUGCGUUCUUCCGAACGGACCAAGGACGAUCGCGAGGCAACUUCCUCCGUUCGAUUCUCCGAGAAAUAAAACCCGGGUGUUUAGUGCUGUACAUCGACAACGUGCAUGACAGCGACACUCAGUUUGAGAGGGAAUUCGCCUCACGAGUCGGCCUGGAGAAGGUGUCCCAAUUUCGCGGUCGUCCCACAUUGCCUUUUGAUCAGUAUUCCUUGACUGUAGAGAACUACUGCCGCGUCCUCGAUUUCAAGCCAAUGCGUAGCUGCAAUGUCAUUAUCCAACUGUACAAGAAGGAAGCAGUUCAACGAUUCAGUCGACUGGUCACACCCUUCGAUUAUAUAAACUCUGGUUCAGGCCGCUUGGACAAUAUCAACCGUCCCGGCAGUCUCCAGCCUCGUCUUAGUUUCUGCCCUUCAACUGAGGGGGUCCCAAUUGCAGCAACAGACGCGCUGGUACACGAGUCAGGUAUGGUCUUCAGUUGGGUCACGUCUUGCCUGUACUUUCUCAUCUCCAACGACCACGACACGCCGGCACGCAUCCACGACACACCACGCAAUUGGACCAGUCACGCAAGUGCGGGCAACAAUUCCCCCUACAAGUACUACCCUUGA